GGCCAAAAUUUCGCCUUAAAAGCCGAUGGUUGGCAGUUAUGACAUUCAGUUGGGUCCCAUCCGCACUAACAAUCACCUACAUUUGUCUUACAAGCUACCGCAUCACAGACGACACUCUUCAACCAUGGCCAAGCUAGCAGUGUUUUUCUUCCUCGUGUUGGCGGUCACCUACUCUUCCGCUGCACCGAACAACAACUGCAAAUGGGUUAAGAAAGACAAGGGUCCAGUGGGCGGUGCCACCGAUUCCGUUGGCCAAGGAGUGGGUGGUGUAUUUGGCGGUGGAUGGGGCGCCGUUAUGCCGACAGAUGCCGUGCAGGGUGCAAUUGCCGGCGCCAGCGGUGAUGAAUCUCAGGACCAGAGCAACAAACAGGGCUUGGGCGCGAUCACCAAUAUGGGUGGCCGGGCUGUGGGACAAACAUGGGGCGCGGUGGUGCCCAACUCUGUUCGCUGUGGAAGUAUCAAAGCGGCCAAGCAAACAGGAAACGUUGGAACGCCGAAACAAGAUCCCGCCUGUGCUGAUGGUCAGUGGCUGGAUAAUCGCGGUCGUCCGUGCAACCCUUAAGCAGAACGAUAGUGGAUAAGCCCCACAACUUGUAUUAAGAGACCAAAAAAUGCAGCAUCAAGAACGUGCGUGUAUAGACAUGUAAACUGGCAGCAGCAAUAGUUACGUAACAGUCCACCAGGAAACCACGGCCUUAUAUGAUCUGCGUCCGAAAUUACAUCAAGAAAUACUUCCAUGUCCGAGUGAUUUCGGUGCAAAAAUGACAGAUAAAUCAGAUAUGUUUGACCGCGUCCAUUUAUA